CUUUUCUCUCUCUACUCUCUCUCUCUCUCUCUCUAAAAAAUGAGCGAUUUUGUCGAGGAUGCCGCCUUCUGGCUGCCGUCGGAUUUCUUCGACGAUUUUUUAAUGGAAGGUUUGAGAGCUGAGAUGAAGAUGACUCCUGCUACUGCUACUGCUACUGCUAAUACUGCAACUGAGUCUGACUCGGCCGAGUUCCGAUUCCCAACUGAGUUUCCGUACGAACUCGGAACUGAGUCCGACUCGCUCAAGAAGAAGUGGGCGGAGGUGGUGGCGGCGGUGGUGGCGGCGGCGCCGACGUCUCCGCAGUCGACUCUGGUCAACAACAGCGCCGGCGGCUCCAGCAACGGCAGCCCCGAUGGCGUCGCUUCGCCGCCGCUGCGCCGCGGCAAUAACGACGGCGCCGUUGGGGAUCUGAUCAACCAAGCCGCCGGUCAAGUCGCGAAGCUGAAGCUCACCGCCGGUGUUGGGCCUGGGCCCGUGGCCCGUAAUAACCCUGUGGGCCCACCUAAGCCCGGCCCACCUGCUCACUUUCAUGGGAAUAGACCUAAGGGACCGCCGCAGAAGCCGAGAAGCCGGCCGGUCCGAGCUGUGUGGCCGGUUUAUCCCGGACCGGCUCGCCACUACGGCCAGGGACCCAGGCCGUUUCCUCUCGGCCGCGGCCGUGGCCGCGGCGGACCUGCGCCACCGCCUCCGCCGGCGGCGGCGGCGGCAAAUUGGCGUGCCGGGACUGGAGUUUUCCUGCCGAGGAGAUAUGUAAUUAGCAACGACAAUGUCGAGAACAACAAGACAGGUUAUAAUGUGCCAUGCAAGAGAGACCCAAUUCUUGUCCCGGACAACAACAAUGGUAUUGGGUUCGGCCCGAAGACGGCGCCGAACCCGAUCUCAAGACCUAAUUCUGAUAUGGUGGUGGUUAGAAAGAAUGCAGAAAUGUGGAAGCAGGAGGAGGGUGGAGAGUUAUCGAAGAAGAUAUGAAUAUGAAGAAGAAGAAGGUGGUGGGCAGCAUGGAGAAGUAGUUAUUAUUAUCAGUUAGCAGAAAUUAAUGUAAUAAGAAGAAGGGACAGCACUAGGCAUCAAUGGGGGGUGGCCAUUUUUUGGAUGGAGGAUUUUGCAAUUUCUAAUAAUAAUAAUAAUAAUAAUAAUAAAUAAUAAUAAUAAUAAUAAUAAUAAUAAUAAUAAUAAUAAUAAUUAUAGGUAGAGGAUGGUAUGUCGAUGUGGUCUUGUUGAUGGGGAAAAUUCAUUUCAUAGAAGCUACCCUACCCCACCCCACCCCC